UGUGAACAAUAGCUUGCUUGGUACAGCGGAAGAGCUUCUGAGAGGUGCAUGGCAUUGAGUGCUACUGGUUGAAGUGGCGUGGCGACGGCUUGGAAAAGGGCGGGCAUCGGUUCUACUCGGUAGUGCGACGCGUACAGCCGUGUCUAUUUUCUGUCGUCCUUCUCGUUCGGUUCUUUGCUCCGUGUCGUGAUUACUCUGGAGACGCUCGUUGUGUCGACGAAGACGUGAUAAUCGCGCCUCUCGUUGUGUCGAAAACUGAUCCCUGCUUGGCGACAAUAAUCUCCUUCCUUACGCCGCGUUGCCGACAGUUUGGUCUUCCACACACAGACACAGAGAGAGAGAGAGAGAGAGAGAGAGAGAGAGAGAGAGAGAGAUGGCUUCAGAAAAGGCACGUGGUGGAGCAGAACAGAUGAAGGAGGCGGGCCGGGAAGGAUACGAGGAAGGAAAGGGUUCUGCGCAGGAGAAGUACGAGCACGCGAAGGGGACUGUCGGCACCAAGACGGAGGAAGCCAAACAGGCUAUGGAGGAACAGAAGCAGCGAGCAGCGGAAUCGAUGCAGGAGCAGCAGGAGAAAGCCGCGGGCGCCAUGCAAAGCCUGAAGGAGAAGGCAGGAGCAGCUAUGGAGGGUCUGAAGGAGAAGGUCGGGAUGGGGGGAGGAGGGGCAGGAGCAGGGCAGGGAGGGCAGUGAGGAAGGAAGCAGAAGCGUUGACUCCUGCGAGCCACGGGUCAACGAGAUGGGUAAAGAAGAUCUUCACCGCCGGCAUCGAGUCUCAGGCGUGCAAUGAAUUUGGGUCGUAAUGGGGGUCACAUGCAGAUAAGCGUAGCUUUUAUAACCGUGGGGUAGGGGGCUCAGUUAUCCUGUUUGAAUCUGACCUCCAAACGAGGCGCAAUACGGAUGCAAUACAUGUAUCUGGAUUGCGUUCUGGAGCAGAUGCAUUCGCUCCCGCGGAAUGGAGUCUUAGCGUUGUCAUUCUAAUCUGGUCAGAGUUGCGCAGUGGAGCACGGAGGGUUCUGAAAUGGCAUGGAUAACCACUUCACAAUUUACACGCAUCACAACUGCGUUCUGGACCAGAUGCAUUCGCACCGGCGAAACCCUUAUUACGUAUCAGGGUCAUCGGGAGGUCCAUAUACUUUUAGAGCGUCGUGUAGUGGAGCGAGGCUCGUGUAUAUUUGAAAUUCCGAGGCUUUAUAAAAGAAUGAGAAAUAAAUAAAUAAUUGGCUUGUAAAGGUAACCUUUGCCGUCGAUGUGUAGCCUUGGUCGCUGGGUGGUUUAUAAUUAAAAUUCCGAGGCUGUAUUAAAGAAAAGGGAAAUAAAUAGAUAAUUGGCUUUUCUCUGCCGUCGAUACUGAUCUGACGCGUCGACGGGCAAUCAGUCCCAGUAAUCAAAUUGUUAAGGCAUCAGAAAAAUUUGGAGUUUUCACGAAGCGGAUGAUGUGCUACAAGUACAUCAAUGGCUAAUAAGCGCACUUAACAAAUUAUAGCUGUUUCAUUCUUUUGUUGCUGUUGGGGGGGCGUUAACACACAGUUUAAUUAGUGUAAUACUGUUUCAGAGGGAGGGAAAAAGACAAAAGUCUACUUGUCCGGAUAUCGUCGAAAGUGCAGCAGCGUAGUAUAUUUGGGAUAGCGAGAGGAGGCUCUCCAAAGGAUCAGUCUCUCUCUCGAGGGAGAGGAUUCUCUUUAUGGAGAGGAGGAUAGAGGAGCCAUAUCUUGGGGUGGAGGCUUCGUCCGUGAGGUUGUGCGGUCCAUUAUGCCGACCUUUUCGUAAAGUGCUUGUAGGCUCUCUCAGGCUCAGCAGAGUUGGUGGGCAACUAUUCAUGUUCGAGUCCAAGUUGGACGACGGAUGUUAUAUUCGAAUUGCAGAGAUGCGCAGCGUUUGAUUGUGAUUUCUGGUGGUCUGGUUUAAAAUCGGACAAAAGAACAAGAUGUAAUAAGGGGUUUGUUGUGCUGUUGAAUAGAUGGGGGGUCUGAUUGUUAAGGAACGUGAAUGAAGUCGUGGACCAUUU